CAUUCACAGGCAUUUGUAUAUGUGUCAACUGCAUUUUCAAAUUGUACAAAUGACACUGUCAAGGAAGAACAUUCCAAAUCUCUCAUAGAAGUUGACAAGUUAUUAACAGUGGUGGAAUGUUUAGAUGAUGAUAAACUUGAAGCAAUUAAUCCUGUAUUGCGUGAUACAUGUCCCAACAAUUAUAUCCUUACCAAACUGAGUGCAGAAAAUGCAGUACUAAAAUAUGGAGACACAUUUCCAACGUGUAUAGUUCGACCUUCUAUAGUCAUAGCAACGUCUGAUGAACCAAUCAAGGGAUGGAUAAAUAAUGUAUAUGGAGCUACUGGUAUACUUGUUGCCGCUGCUAUUGGGUUACUGCAUACGGUACAUGCCUGUAAAGAAGAUAAGGCAGAGAUGAUACCUGCGGAUUAUGUUAUUUCUAAUAUUAUUGCUGCUGCGUGGGAUGUUGGAACUAGGUAAAAAUU